GUAUUCCAUUCUUCUCUCAUUGAUCCAGGUCCCAUCAGCAGCAUCUUGGUAAACAAGUAUGGCAGUCGCCCUGUGGUCAUCGCAGGGGGUCUCCUUAGCGGAGUAGGCAUGAUCCUGGCCACAUUCAGUACCAGCAUUUUACAGCUUUACAUCUUCGUCGGAGUCCUUGCAGGGUUUGGCUUCUCUAUGAACCUUCAACCCUCCGUCAUCGUUGUGGGGAAGUACUUUCUGAAAAGACGACCAAUGGCCAACGGCUUGGCAAUGGCUGGAAGUCCUGUUGUGCUAUCGACCCUUGCUCCACUGAAUCAGUUUCUUUUUGACAAGUAUGGAUGGAGGGGCAGUUUCUUCAUCUUGGGAGCCCUUCUUCUGAACUGCUGUGUGGCAGGUGCACUCUACCGUCCCAUUGGACCAAUGGCUACUAAAAACAAAAAGGAGAAAGACCCAGAAAAAGUUAACAACAGAAAUCUGGACUUGACACUCUUUAAGCAUCGAGGUUUCUUGAUCUACCUCAUCGGAAACGUCCUGAUGUUCAUUGCCUUUUAUGCCCCCAUUGUGUUUCUUGCUCCCUAUGGAAAACAUUGUGGUAUUGACGAAUAUUCAGCUGCUUUUCUCUUGUCUAUACUCGCCAUUGUUGAUAUGUUUGCCAGGCCAUUAACUGGAAUUAUAGCCAACUCAAAAUGGAUAAGGCCGAGAAUCCAGUACUUCUUCAGUUUUUCUGUGAUAUUUAAUGGUGUAUGCCAUCUUCUGUGCCCACUGGCUACUUCCUACAUGGGCCUUGUCACAUACUGUGUGUUCUUUGGCUUAGGCUUUGGCAUGGUAUGUGCCCUGCUCUUUGAAACCCUUAUGGAUCUAGUUGGAGCCAAGCGAUUUACAAGUGCUGUUGGAUUGGUCACAAUGGUAGAGUGUGUUCCUCUUCUACUAGGACCACCAAUUGGAGGUGCCAUUGUGGAUGUCCUAGGAGAUUAUAAGUAUAUGUUUUUAGAGUGCGGAGCCAUCAUGGUAUUUGCUGGUGUCUUUCUGUUGGUCGGCAACUUCUACAACUAUCGAUUGCUCAGGAAGGAGGCCAAGGCGGAAAAAAAUGAACAGAAUAAAGAGUUGGAAAUUAAGGAAAGUGUUGGACAGACAAACGCUGACUACAAUCAAGUGGCCACUGAAGAAAAGCCAAAAAACGGCAGUGAAACCCCAACCAUGAAAUUCAAAGCAGAGACACUAAAUGAAGCCAAUGGAUCAGGCCACACGUGUUAG